AGAAACAAAUCAAUAGUAAUCAAACAGAAAUUGCUGAAACAAAGUUGCUUCAUAGAAAGAACAAAAGGGGACGAGAAAAUUUAAUGAUGUCUUGAUUUGGUCUUUGGAAAAGAUAUAAUAAUUGGUACAAUUAGUGUCUAAAAAGUACCUAUUUUAAAGCUAAUUGGUACAAUAUGAAAAUUUCAUUUGCCAUCUCUAAUAUCUUUCUAAUCUCUUGUUUUCUUUUUGAUUACAAUAAAAUAAAUCUAUUUGUUUAUCGUUUUGUACCUUGUACCUAAAAAACAAUAAUAGAAAUAAAUUAUAACUAGAACACCGGGACUAGUUAAAAGCUUUCCUAGAACAGCGUUAGGGAUAUUUUAAACGAAAAGCAUCUUUAUAAAACAAUAAUUGGCAACAUGAACAUGGAUAAAUGGGUGCAACUUAAUAACCAAGCAGCGGGAAGGGAUAAAAUUGCCCGCUUAAUACAAUACGCCUCACGAGCAUUAUGGGAUUCAUUGGAAUCGGCAGAUAUGCGUCCCGGCAUGGUGGAAGAUUUUAAAUCUUUAGAGUAUAUUUUAAGUACAUUCCGUAAAUUAUUGCGUUUUGGCAAAUGUUUGGAUGUUUUCUAUGCCAGCUUACGCACCAUACACUAUCCCGAUUUGGCUAUACGUAUUACUCUUACAAUGGGUAAAAUUUCCCAAGCUUUGUUCCUAUUUGCCGAUCACUUUUUAUGGCUAGCACGCACUGGUCUUUUCAAAAGUAUCAAUGCCAAAAAAUGGGGCAAAUAUGCCAACAAAUAUUGGUUACUUUCGAUCAUUAUGAAUUUAUGUCGUGAUGUUUAUGAAAUCUUCCGCUUGAUGGAUCUCCAUAAGGCUAGUGUUAAGAGUGGUAUCUCCCGUUCUAUGCCUGUACGUGUUAAUUCGCCUAAAGAUUUCUCACGUUUGGCAUUGCAUUCUUACGGUUUAGUUUUGGGUCAUAAAGAUGUAUUCGUCGAUACUCUUAAGAAUGUCUGUGAUUUCUUUAUUCCUUUGACCGCCUUGGGCUAUACUAAGUUGACACCACGAACAAUUGGUAUUCUGGGAGCUAUAUCGUCAAUGGCCGGUUUGAUAGCUUUAAUAGAGCCAACCGCUAAAUUGACGCCAGCUUAGUUGGCAAUUAUUUAUGUAUUAAUUGAACAUUUUGCUUAAUUUAAUGUUAUUAUUAUUAUAUUGAAAACGAAAUUGUUUUUAGUUUUUAGACAAAAAAAAAAA